AUGUCAAAAGAAUUAGGAAUUGCAGGCCACCAAGAUGAGCAGCCAGAUGAUGAGUCUGAAGUUCAAAAUAGAUUGUAUAUCGCAAACUCGGCCAAUCAAGAUCAAAACAUAACAAUCAGAUCUCUGGAUACCAUAAUCUACGACAAAGACAACAAAUUUCGGUUCAUUCUUAAGAAGACCUUCAAAUUUUUAAAAUCAAAUAUUGUUCGGACAUUCUGUACCUCAGUGAUACUAUUAGCAGGUAUGAUUAUUCUCUUUAUUGUUGUUUUUUAUACUUAA